AUGCCUCCAAAACGACAAAGAAAGCCUCUUGGAAAAACUAAAAAUAAGCAAGAAGUAGAAACAGUUUUUCAUUUAUCUGGUGACGAGGAUGAAGAUGAAACUAAGCUUAUUGAGAGAACUGAAUACAAGGAUAGGAUUCCAGAAACUUUGGAGCUCGAUUUAAUGGAAUCAAGGACAACUGCUGAGAAUUUAUCUAAAAAUAUUAUGAUUUUUUCAGAUUAUGAUAGUGAGGAAAGUGAAGAUGAAGAAGUAGGUAUUAAGUCCAAACAAUCUUUAUCAAAUUUAAAAAACAAUGCUAGUGUUACUCCUCUAACUAAAACUUUAGAAAACGAUAAUAGUAAAAUUGAACUUGAUUCAGAGAAUCUUUCCAAUAUAUCUCUUGAAGCAUUGGAACACAUGAAAUCAAAUGCCAAGGAAUAUGUGGAACAUAUAAAUUAUAUUAACAAUCUAGAACCAGUAUUCAAUCAUUUUCUUGAGAAAUUUCCAUCAACAAGCCAAUUACAUAAACUUUUUUCCCAUUGCUACCACUUAUCUAUAACAACUAAUAAUAUGUCCAGUGUCAUCGAAGAUAAGGAUAAAAAAACAAUUAUAUUUGUAAAAAAUUUUAUGGAUGUUGUAUGUGAUCAAUUUCCCGAGAUAGAGGAAAUAAUAACUUUAUUAGAUGAUGAAACAGGAAAUAAAGAUGAUUUAAAAGAUAUGUAUGAAACUCUUGCUUCAGCUAAUUGUGAGAAAAUUAUUGAUAUCUUAAAUAAUUUGGAUGAAGAUCAUACAGAAGAUGUUAGUAAGAAGGAUGAUUCUGAAGAUGAUCAAUUAAUGACAGACAGUGAUGAUGAAUAUGAUGAAAACGUACUUAGAGAUUUAAGAAGAGAAGAUGACGUUGAUAAUAAUGAUGAGGUAGUAGAAACUCCUAUUGAAAGAAGAUUGGAUCAGACAAUAAUUGACAAUAAAGGUUAUGUUCCAACAAGUAAAAAGAAAAAGAAAACUCCUGGAGUUAAAAGACGUCAUCAAUUUCAGAAAGCCUCUAUCCGAAAUAAAUCUAAUGGUCCUGGUGUCAGAAGGGAGAUACCUAAACAAGAUGGAGAAGCUCGAGGAAUUAGAAUUAAUGUUGUUAAAAGUAGAAAGUUUUAG